UUUGUGUGUGAGUGUAUGUGUGUAUUUAUGUGUGUGCAUGUGUGAGUGUGUGUGUGUGUGUCAUGUAAAUGAACAGCGGUGUCACCAGCAGUGACUUCCUAAUAAUCAGACUUCCUCCGUCUCGCUGUGAAGAAGGAAGUCAAAUAUUUGUUCCCAUCAGAGAUUCACACAGACAGGCGAGUACUUCAGACCAUUUAGAACCAUGAGAGACCUCGGAGCGUCCUCACAAUCCAACCUGACCAACGGCAGCUCGUCUCACUGCGACCAGGUGGACUCAUCGGCCCACGUCUUCUUCCUGCUGGUCUACACGCUGGUGUUUCUGGUGGGUUUGCUCCUCAACGGUUUCACCCUGAAGGUUUACUUCUGCCGCGCUCAGCAGGCGUCCAGCAGCGUGACGGUCUACCUGAAGAACCUGGCGGCCGCCGACUUCCUGAUCAGCCUCUGUCUGCCGAUCCGGAUCACCAACUACGCCAGCGACUCCGUCUCCGUCCGCCGGGUCUACUGCAGCUUCGGCGCCUCCGCCUUCUACCUGAACAUGUACGCCAGCAUCCUGUUCAUGGGCUACAUCGCAGCCAACAGGUGAUAUGUUCCGCUAAAUAUGAAUCUACAGCCAGCAGCUUGUUAGCUUAGCUUAGCAUAGAAAGAAGACACACUUCAUCUCCUGUAAAUGUGCACGUGAGACCUUUUUUAAAAUCAUCAUUUGCAUGCAGUGCGUGAGCAGAGCGGUGAAAACCCCUUUUCAUUAUCUCACCGUCAUGACUUCAGCUUCAUGUCUCACUGUCACCGUUAUCUGUUUGAACUACAGGAGAAGAAGAAAUGCAUUUGAUUACAUGCUAAUUUAAGAUUCCUCAAAACAACCAUCUGAUGUAUGAUACGUGUGUGUUGUUGGACGUUUAUGUAAAGCAGCCGAGCACCAUGCUGACACACACACAACAAUACGCACCGAUCACUGUUUACCUGUUACAUGCAAAGCGCUCACAUAGUAUUCAUAUUAGUAUUAACCAGUGGUGUAUAAAGUACAACAUGUACCUCUGAGUAGUGGUGUAUAAAGUACCCAAAAGC